AAAAGAAGAUGUCCCUUUAUGACAGCCAGGCUCCAGUUUGUCCUAUCUGCCAAGUGCUGCUGAGGCCCGGAGAGCUGCAGGAACACAUGGAGACAGAAAUUGAGAGGCUAGCCUCCAUAUGUCUGAGUAAGAACCCCUCAUCCAAGGAUGGUGUUGCCACUCCAGGAACUCCCAAGUCUAUGCUUUUGUCUGUGCACAUCAAGAGAGAGGGGGAAUCUCCGGUGGUGUCACCCCUGUCAUCUGAGGAUGCCCACCACUCCGACAGAUAUCAGACAUUUUUACGAGUUCGGGCAAACAGGCAAACGAGAUUGAAUGCUCGUAUAGGCAAGAUGAAGAGGAGGAAGCCUGAGGAGGGUGGGCAGGUAUGUCCGCUGUGCAGCGCCCCAUUGGCUGGGAGCGAGGAGGAGAUGAGUAGACAUGUGGAACAAUGCCUGAUCCAGCGUGAGGGAGCUUUGGCCGAUGAAGACUCUGCAGACAUGGAUGGAGAAAACGGGCGGGGCUUCGAUGAGUAUGAAUGGGCGGGGCAAAAGAGGAUCCGAGCCACAGCUUUACUGGAGGGAGGCUUCAGAGGAACUGGAUUUGCGACAUGCAGCAUCAAGGAGAGCGCGGCAGAUAGCGAUGCUGACCUUGACGUGGACGGAGACGAUACGUUGGAGUACGGAAAGGCACAGUACACCGAGGCCGACAUUAUCCCCUGCUCUGGUGCCGGCGAGGAUCAAGGGGAAGCCCGGGAGAGGGAAGCGCUACGAGGAGCUGUGCUCAACGGCGGGAUGCCUUCCAACAGAAUAACGCCAGAGUUCUCCAAAUGGGCAAACGAUGAGAUGCCUUCAACGAGCAAUGGGGAGAGCAGCAAGACAGAGCCCAGCACUCCAUCAUCAUCCUCUUCUUCUUCGAAUGCUCCACGAACCUGUAAAAACAGCGAAAUUGAGAAGGUGACAGAGGAAGAGUCCACAGCUACCACUAUGGAGGCUCUGAAGGCCCGAAUCCGGGAGCUGGAGAAGCAGAUCCUGCGAGGAGACCGGUACAAGUGUCUUAUCUGCAUGAGAAAGCCUGCUCUCAAGCCAGGCGCAGAGAUCAAGAGCAUAGGGGUGUGGUCGGGCGCCCGGCCACUGGCCAAUGAGGUUGGAGAGAGGCAACCUAAGUCCCUCCCCCUCGGCCUGUACUGUCUGUACAGGGGCCUUGUGAUUGGUGGCUACGGCAGCAGCAUAAAGAGGCUCCUUCCUCAACCCCUACGGAGGGACUCCUACACGAUGCCUCUCACGUCUAUCCAGUGCUGGCAUGUCCAUUGUGAAGAGUGCUGGCUUAGGACUUUGGGUAACAAGAAGCUAUGCCCGCAGUGCAACACCAUCACCUCACCUGGAGACCUGAGGCGUGUCUACCUGUAAAGAGCUCAGCGGCUGCCUCUUCAUUCUUCCAGUUCUCUCAUUCUGGACUCCACCUCUUCCCAGUCACAAUUAAUUUUCUCCUGUGGACUGUAGGUUCUAAGCCUCUGAGAGCAUUCUGAGACAAUAUGGCGGUCUCUGAGGCUCCCCUGACUCUUUUUGGAGGCUGACACUCUUUAAGAGGUGACUUGUGGAUACUUGCUGACUGAUCGUUUAUUUGCGUAAAGAGAAGGAAAUAUGGAAUCCAGAAGUCCAGGAUUCUUAACAGAUUUCUUCUGCUGAAGGACUUCUAUCAGUGGAGACUCCCACCGACCCAACCAAAAAAAAAAAAAAAAACAAGUCCUGCUGACUCCUGAUAGCUUCAUGCUGCUGGGGAUGAACUUUUUCCCGUGCUUCUUCAAAAUUGACUCUAGCUGGACAGCAGGUGCAACACUGACUGACUUGACAGAAAGCUUCUUUGUGUUAAUUUCUUUUUUAUGUUUUUUUUUCCUGUUUUAAAAAUGCUAAUUCUCUCCACACAGAACUUCUGCUUGAGUGUUUCAAAAAGAAAAUUAGACCAGCCACCCAAGAUUGAGCUUUCAACCAAACUGAGAAUACCCUCAGAAUCUUUGAAAAGAAGUUUGACACUUGCUGUUCUCCACUCCUUCUUUUCCUAAACCUCUUUUGUCCCUUUUUGUGGUGUUCUAGUGAAGUAAACCAAAAUUCUCUCCCAUCCAAAAUGCAGUGCAAGCACAUGUAAUAUAGUUCUAUGUAAGUUUACAAUGUUGGGUGUAAAUGACAUGGAGUUCAGACACACUUGUACACUCACACACAUCACCAUUAAAAGACUCACAUCAAAGUAUACAUUCAAAUCGGUUUGUUUGUUUUUUUAAGUCAGAGGCCAGUUUGGGAGUAAUGUAUUGGUUGGGAAAAAAUGGCUGAAAUAAAAAGCCUUCUGUAUUUUUGAAAAAAAAAAAAAA